UCUUCAAUUUCCGACGUAACUUAAAUUAAAAGCCUGUUUCCUGUCAGCGAUAAUGCAGUUAAACGCACUAUUUUAGAAAAGAAAUGAAUACUUUCUACUACCACAUUAAAUCUAAACCGUAGUUUUAACCCUAGUUUCCAAGCUUUGUGUAUUUAUUUUCUCUACAGCUGCUGAUUCUCUCCUCUAUCAGGCUUUGGCUGUUUUAGUGAGUAAACGUAAAGAUGGCGGAAGACGAGAAGAGUGGUGAGGCUGGGAAAGACAAAAACGAACUUCAAACUUUAAAGGAGCUGGUAGAUGACCUGUAUAACUUCAGAGACUGCUAUUUUGAGACUCACAGUGUGGAGGAGGCUGGGAGGAAACAAAGCGAUGUCGCACAGGAGAUGGAAAAGACACUGAGGAAGCUAGAAGAGAAAGAAGAUGAUUUAAAACACAAAGCAGAGUUCCUGUUGCAGAAGGGCAGGUGUCUGAAUGUAGCUCCUGACUUCAGCACUGUAGCAGAGGAGUGCCUCUCUCGGGCCGUGAAGCUGGAGCCGGGCCUGGUGGACGGCUGGAACACAUUAGGAGAGCAGUACUGGAAAAAAGGAGAUCUGAUUGGCGCCAAGAACUGCUUUACUGGUGCCUUGCAACAGAGUAAGAACAAAGUGUCCCUGCGUAACCUGUCUAUGGUGCUGAGACAGCUGCCAGCAGAGUACAGAGAGGCACAUGGAAGGCAGGUGAUGGAGAGCGUGGACAUGGCUAGACAGGCAGUGCAACUCGAUGUCACGGACGGGACGUCCUGGUACAUUCUGGGAAAUGCCUACGUCUCCCUAUUCUUCUCCUGCGGACAAAAUCCACAGUUGUCCCAACAAGCUUUAAGUGCCUAUGCACAGUCUGAGAAAGUGGACAGAGCGGCCUCCUGCUACCCAGAGCUGCAUUUUAACAGAUCCACUCUGUUUCAGUAUGAAGAGAUGUUCGGCUCGGCGCUAAGUGGCUACAGCCGAGCCGCUGCACUCGACCCGGGCUGGAAUGAGCCUCCAGAGAGAGAGAAGCAGCUUCUGGAGUAUCUAAGGAAAAUGACAGAGCUCAUACAGAACAAGGGGAAGGUGAAAGCACGUCGAUUAAGGGGUAUGCUCUCCACCCUUGACACAUCCGCGCUAGGUCCCUGCUCCUCCCCUCAGUUCCGUUCCCCAACAGGCCGCAUCGGCAGCCUUGAGCCCCGAACGCUCUCCUCUCUCACACACGGGCACCACCCUGGGGUGGCUGCUCUUGGCAAAGUGGUAUUCAGCCUGGCCUCUGAGGGUCGCAUGGCCUUCACGUUUGGUAUGGUGGACAGCGAGGAGACAUGUAUAGUAGUGAUGGUGUACAACACAGCAGACAGCUGGGGCGUCCUGAUUGGAGAUACCGUAGCCAUUCCUGAACCUCAAGUCAAACGUCACAGCAUAGCGCAUAAAGAUGAGUCAUUUGACUUCAGAAGUAUACGAGUGGACUCUCCUCUGCUCCUCAUCGUCAACGGCAAGAAGCAGAAUGUCCACAGUCAGAUUGCAGCUUCCGUCAGCUACAAACCACAGAGUGAAUAAACCCAACGACAAGCAAGAGGACCAAAAUUUUAAUUUUGAUAAGUCUGGAGAAUAAUUGAGGUGUCAAGUUUCCAAAGUUUGUGCCUGUUUUAUUUGCUGUUAUGUAAAUAGAGUUUACCCUGUUACUUUGCCUGUAGAGAAACACUAUGUGUAUAUUUAUAAAUUUUUGUUUUUGUAUUCCUUUGUGCAAACAACAUGAAGUUCCUUGGAAAAUACACAAACCUGCAAGAAAAUGA